UACAUCAAGCCCAUCUUCCGCGACUUUGCCAAAGACCUCCCGGAAGCAGCGUUCAUCGAAGUCGACGUCGACGAGAGCGACGAGCUGUCGGCGGCCGUCGGUAUCCGUGCAAUGUCGACGUUCCAGUUCUAUCGCAACGGCAAGAAGAUCGACACGAUGACGGGCGCCGACCCCGCGGGCCUCAAGCGGCUGCUCAAUCAGCACAAGUAA